GCGCUCUUAACACUGCGUUCUUCCAUUUUGAGCCUCUUCUGCAGUUUUGUCCAAAACCUACUUUCGGUUUAAUUAAUGCACGCGUUUAUACAUGCAUAAAUGCGGGUUAUAUCCACGCGACGUGCAGAUGUACCGGUUAAAGUGCGGAUCCAGACUGAAAGUGUUACAGCAACAGUGUGUCGCAGGACGAGUGUUUGUGCUGCAGUGUCUGUAUUUGCAUAGUGCAAUAUUUAUUUUGUUUUCGCUUGUUUUACUUUUUCCCCCCCAGUUCUGUAAUUUUUUUAAGAGACGUAUUCCGUUCAUUUCUUUCACGGAUGCAUUGAGUUGCGUUGAAUCGCAUGCACGCUCAAUGCUUUAUAAACCGAUUCUGGGAUUUUGAGGAAGUAUGCAUUGAUGUUUAUACAUUGCAACUAAGAGCGUGUGAAGCUGCGGGCUGUUGCAUGCGACUCGCUCGAUCUUCAUGCAUGAGGGAUGUUUCAGGGCUCCUGCGCGAGGAGCCAAGUUAGUCAUGCUGUGGAAACUCGUAUUAAAAUGAUCAUGGUCAACUGCCCCCGUUUAUCGCCAAUCAACUGCCACUUCAGAGACUCCGCCCCUGGCCCCGCCCUCCAGAGAUGACUGAUGCCCAGAAGGCCAAUGAGCUCCCUGAAUGCCCCACAGAGGGUGGGGCCACAACAGAGGAGCAGGACAUGCCCCUGAGACAAGAGACCACGCCCACCAGCUCGCCAACAUGCGAGGAACCAAUCAGCUCACAGAGUCCUGACAAACAGCCCGCCCCCGGCCUGCUCUCCAUGCCGUGCUUACUAAACGAGCUUCACAGAGACUCCGCCCCCAGUCAGCCGCAGGAAACAGACCCGCCUCCGGCUGCCACCCAGUCCUGCGCGCAGGAAGACAGCGACUCCUCCGUCUGCCUGCGGUCGCCUUCCUCCUCUGGUCACCUGGGAGACUCCGACACACUUUCGUCGGCGGAAGAAGCGCCGGCGCCCGUUCAGACGGCCGGCAGGAAGUCGCGGCGCUCGCAUUCUGAGAGCGACAUGUCCCCCGUGGCAAUGGCGGCCAAGAAGAACCGCUGCCACGAGAAGCAGUUGAAUGGGCGCGUGCGCGUCAGGGGCCCACGCAGCCAGCAGCAGAAGCAGCGCAUGCGACAGCUGCGGCAGAAACGUGAGGCGGCGGCGAGACGCAAACCUGACGUUCUUCAGGACAGCAGCACCAGCGACAGUGACAUCACAGCUCACUCGUCCUCAUCCUCGCCACUAACGGCUUCGUCCGACAACGAUGGAGAGCCGAUCAACUCUCACGCACCAGCUGGCCAUCGCCGAGCCGACGCUUCCGGAGCAUCAGCACGUGGGCGGGGCCAACUCGACAUGGGCGUGGCCAGCGGAACCCUGGGCGGAGUCUUGGAGGAAGCUCUUACACGAUUCGCCGCGAUGCAGAGACAGACCGAGGAGCGCUUUCGUGUGUGGAUGGACAGACUGACCCGCCUGCAUUCAGACGAUGACCUUUCAUCCAGUGAAAAUCAAGAGGGGCGGAGCCACGUUAGCUCGUUCCUGCCGUCGUCGGAGUCGCAGGAGACGCUGGCAGCCUAUCAGAUGGCUCGACUCAGCGCCAUCACGGUUCCACCACCUCAGACUGCUGGUGUCAAUGGAAGCGCAGAGCCGCCUGAACCGAACAUUUAAAGAACACUGACGCAACACAACUGUGCCGACUCAAUUCGACCGCUGAAGUGGAGGCUUAGGACAGUGCACAAACUUUCUCUUUAUCUCCUACUAAAUUCAUCUUCAUUCUGGCUUCCACAUCUAUCUCUUUCUCUCUAUUAAAGGAUCAGUUUUCCUACAAAUGAAACAUUUACUCAUCCUCAUGCCUUUCUGAACCCAUUUGGCUUUCUUGCAUGCAACACAAAAUGUGAAUUUUUUUUUUUUUUUCAAGGAAUAUUGAGGUAAUUUGAUGAAAGUGAACAAGAAACUGAGGCUGUCAAGCUCCAGGCAGUGUUAUUUUAGUAUCAUACUAUUCUAGUGUUAUAUGAUUCUAUUAUAGUUUUUAUGCAGUUUUGAAUAAGGUUUUAAUUUU